AUGCCCUCGAAGUUCCUCCACAAGGGCCGAUCCGCUGCUGGGAUCCGACAUCGACGUCCAUUGAAGGGCGGCUGCCAGCGCCGCGUCAUCGCGAUCCGUGGCGACCAGGACACCGCGCUGAAGAAAGUCGAGGACGAAUUCUACGCCAACGCCGCUGGCAUGACGGCGUUAGCCUCUUCGCCUCUUCCGCCGGCUGGCUCGCUACGGCCAGGGCGCCGUCCAAUGCGGCGACGAGAUCGAAACCUCGCGCGCGUUGUCAACGCCCAGGUUACCGUCGUUUUAAACAUUUUGGAGAAGGACAAGGUGCCGAAGCUGAAGGAGAAUUUGAGGUCGCGGACCUGUAAAAAUUGGAGGCGGCAGCACAACAGCCCGCAAAGGAGGGCUGAAUACGCGAAGCGAUACCCGGAGGAACCAGAGGAGGCAGAGCCCAAUUAA